CAAAAAGUCGAUUAAUCGAUUAGGCGAAAAUUGACUUUUAGAUCCCUAGGCUGAUUUUGACCAAAGGAUUUUAGAAAUUGGUUUUUGAAAAGGCUGACAACUUGAACUUUUUAACUUAAUGGUUGUGGCUAUGGCAGUUUGUGUUUCUAUAAUUGGAAAGGAUUUCAUUUUAGAAUGCCCCUUUAUAUUUGUCCACGACAGACAUGGACAAAGAGCUCGAAUUGCAGUACCGUGUUCAUGCCGCCUUAGACGUUGUGGAAGAAAAAUGUCAAACGACCGGAAAGGGGACCCCUGAAACCAAAGAACUUUACUUAGGACUGCUAUAUGCAACCGAAACGCAUAAGAUAUAUGGUUUUGUAACUAAUACAAAAAUUAAAUUUAUUUUGGUCAUUGACUCUGGAAACAUUGCGCUAAGAGAAAACGAAGUUAGAGCGAUGUUUCGCAAUCUGCACAUGCUGUACACAGACGCAGUGUGUAAUCCAUUCUUCUUGCCAGGGGAGGCAUUAAGUUCAAAGAAAUUCGAUCGAUCCAUACAAAAACUAAUGAGUGGAAAUUAGGACGUUUCAUCAACUACGAUUAAACUAUACAAAUGCUAUGUGUAUUAUUUGAUAACUUAGAAUGUAUUUAUUUAACACAACACUUAAAAUAUAUAGCGCUCGUAAGAGCUAGGCCAUUCCAUAACAAA